AUGGCAUUAGCCCUCUUCUUCAUUCUGGUAAUUCAAGUUUGUAUUUCCAAUACCAACCCAUGUUAUAGCAUAGAAUUGCCUAAAUUCACUACCAUUCUCAUCUUUGGAGACUCAACAGUGGAUACCGGAAACAACAACUAUGUAAACACUAUUAUGAAAAGCAACCACCCACCGUAUGGAAAAGAUUUCCUCGGCCACGUUGCCACAGGGAGGUUUUCAGACGGAAAAAUUAUUCCAGACUUUGCGGCCUCCAUUCUAGGAAUCAAAGACACCGUUCCUCCUUUCCUAGAUCCAAAACUAACCGAUGAAGACAUACGUACAGGUGUCAGCUUUGCAUCAGCAGGAUCGGGAUACAAUGACCUCACUACCAUUUUAACUCGUGCAAUCUCCAUUUCGAAGCAACCAGAUUAUCUUAAACAAUACAUUGAGAGGCUAAAGAGAAUCGUAGGGGAAGAACAAGCUCAGGCUAUCUUAAAUGGUUCUUUGGUUAUUGUUAGUGCAGGAACAAAUGACUUUGUUUUCAAUUACUACAACAUACCCCAACGAAAUCUUCACUUCACAAUAAACGGGUACCAAGAUUUUGUGCUAAACAAGUUGCAAAAUUUCGUUAAGGUAAAACUUCUACCUCUUAACACCAACACAAUUGCAGAUGCAAACACAUACACAUGAAUACCACUAUAUCCAACGGAGAUAUUUACAUACCUUGUGUGUUUGCAGGAACUAUAGCAUCUGGGGUGCCGUUCGAUAGUGGUAGCAGGGCUUCCUCCAAUCGGUAGUCUACCGCUCCAAAUGACUGUAAAACUCCAUCUUCUCAGAACGUGCAUAGACCAACAGAACUCCGAUGCAAAAUCUUAUAAUCAGAAACUUGCAAGUCUGAUACCUCGACUAGAGUCAUCACUUCCUGAGAGCAAAAUCAUAUAUGCAGAUGUAUACACUCCGCUGAGCGACAUGAUGGACAACCCUCACAAAUACGGUGAGGUUAAUCAACCCAACGAAUGCAUUUGAAAUGAAAGCGGAUAUGUGAUUAUUUUGUGCUAAGUUUGUGUAUUAUGCACCACAGGACUAAUGGAAACUCGCAGAGGGUGCUGUGGGACAGGAUUGCUAGAAGCAGGACCCCUUGUUCUGCACUCAGCCCAGUGUGUCCAAACUCUACUACGCUCUUGUUUUGGGAUGGAAUUCAUCCAACUGAAUCGGCUUACCGGUACCUUUCUGAAGCCCUCAAACAGCAAAUCACUAGCCAGUUAUUACAAAAAGUUAGCAACCAUUAACUGAUUCAGUCAAGCUCUAUUUGGAUCAUGGAUUUGUAGAGAGAAAAUAUCAGGGAUUUCCAUUCACAAGUGACAAAACCAUCUUUUCCCUCUACCAAUUCCUCCAAGAAUCCAGGAUCCAAAUACAAGGGGUAGAGACUUGGAUUUCCAAUCUUAUUCUUAAACAAAAAUCUGUUUCAAGUAGGCUUUAGAUUACUUAGUAGAUUGUUUCGAGUGUUCAGAAAAUGGAUUUGAUUUGCUGCUCCUCAAUGUUCAGCUUUAAUGUGACUUGUCUUCAGCAUUUCAGAUGAAUCCUAGUCCUACAGCCAUAGUAAGCAGAAUCAAAAGAAUGGCAUAGGGAACCUCUAAAUUAGCUUCACAUUUUUUUUUUCAUUUGAUUGGCCUAAUUCACAUGACACAUAUUGCUUCCAUUUCAGUAACUCAUAGAGCUUCUCUUGGCCCAGUGCCCCAAUACGCACAGCAACUUAACAAGCAUUUUUCAUGAAUUUUACAUGGCAACUAGUGAAGAAGAACGCAUCCCUAAUCAGCAGAAAAAUGCAACUUACCCUCCACAAACUAAUCAUCAACCUUAUUUGUCAGUUCGAUAAGGAAACACUGAUUGACAGUAGCAAAUUUUGCAUGUUGUUAAUGGGAUAACAAGAAGAUAAUUUCUACAGCAUUGAGAUAGAUAGAUGAAUGUGUUAGCAAAUCAAUAUUCUGGACUCACCAGAAGCAUAUUGAUACUUGCUGUUUCAUGAACCAUAUUCAAGUCUUAUCCAUUAAUAAUGCUCUGAAUUAUGAAUGAAGGAACUAAGGUACUGAACACAAAUUCAAUCAGGUCUCUAGGCCUGCCCUCUUUGAUUUGAGACUUGGUUCCAUGACAUAAUGUCCCUUUUAGUUUGGAGGUAUAAGCAAGCUGCUAUAUUAGUGGUAAAACUUUCUAAAAGCAGUCAUUUUAUGCACAUAUUGCCAAAAAUUAGAUCUGUCUCAAGUCCUCUCCACCCAAACCCCAAUCGAAGGGGGCCACAUAUUGUUGUUGAUGGAGCUUAUUCAAGUUGAAUUUGUCAUCUACAUUUAAAAUUGUGGGAGAUAGUGGUAUAGCAUUACCGUGGAAACAAGUACGCACAGACAAAUUUGGAAGCAUUUCAAAAGAACUCGAGUGACAUUGCCUUCAAAAUUUUGAGAUACAUCGUUACAACAUAAUAAUACAAGCACAUGUAUUACCAAGCAUUUGAAACACAAAAGAAAACAAAAAGAAAACAAGAACUUCAUUGUACCUAGCAAUUUCUUGAUUAAUAGGUCCGAUGAGGUAAACAAAGAUGAACAGUGGCUACAAAGGGCAGAAUAAAAAAAGUUACAUUUACAUACUACUACACAAAUUCUUCUACAGACUAAAACAACAAGCAGCAUACAUGAUACAACACUACAAACAAGUGAGCAACUUACUUGCUUCACUUCCUUCCACCAGCUGAACCAAUCCUUCCUUCGAACAACUCGCUAAUCCGAGCCUCAACAUCCUCCACACUGUACCUAAUAUGCUUCUCAUGCUUUCCAAUAUCUGAGAGAUUCUGGAACCUUCCCAAGAAGCUCCGAUAUGCUGGAGUCAAAUUUCCAUCCACCGAAAUCCUCAUCUCCUCCCUC